AUGUCAUUAAAGUACCUCGACAACGCAAGGAAGAUCCUCUGUAUUGGUCGCAACUAUGCCGCCCACAUAAAGGAACUAAACAGCGCCAAACCUCAACAACCAUUCUUUUUCCUCAAACCAUCUUCCGCCAUUUUGAAACCAAACUCGGGUCCAUUUCUUAUCCCCAAGGGUGUUGUCGUACACCAUGAAGUCGAACUAGCAUUCACAUUGAAUCGUGAAUUGAAAAACUUGCCCGACACUUUCUCCCAUCAAGAGGCACUUGACAGCAUUGAUGGCUAUGCAUUAACUAUUGACAUGACUGCGAGAAAUGUUCAGGAUGAAGCCAAGAAAAAGGGGUUGCCUUGGUCAAUUGCCAAAGGGUUCGAUACAUUUUUAUCAGUGUCGGCAUUCAUACCAAAGGAGAAAAUUCCUGAUCCUUAUGGUGUCGAAUUGAAGUUGACUAUCAAUGGGCAAGUCAAGCAACAGGACAAGUCCGACUUGAUGUUGUUUCCCAUUCACAAAAUUUUGAGUUACAUGUCAAACAUUAUGACGUUGGAAAAGGGAGAUUUGAUCUUGACAGGGACUCCAAAAGGUGUUGGUCCUAUUGUUGACGGAGAUGAAGUCGAAGCCGUGUUGACUGUUGGUGGUAAAGUUGUUGAAACUAUCAAGUUCAAAGCAGAGACCAAACCAGGAUACUACGAGUACAAGGAAACUUAA